GAAAGUUACAGACGCAUUAAUUUGAUUUGGAAUUCCUUUUUAAAUACGUUUUUUGCCAUACAAGAUGACACCCUUCGGUGUAACCUAUCUUCUAGUAUUUGCCCCCUUCCUGAUAUCACUACAAAGCUCCGUGAAGGGGCAAACAGUGAUCUUAUUGGACCCCAUCAAGUCCGGAGAAGAAGCUGGUUUAAUCGUAGUUCCUGGAGCGGAGCUGAGGGGAGAGACGUAUUGGAAUCUGGCCGCUCGGAUCCAGCAACGCUCACCCCUCAGACUACAUGUUGCCCUCACCACCGACUAUCGCGACGACACUCCAAAUCCUGUCCAGGUUGGGAAUGCCGUUGAGCUUGCAAUCGAAACACUCCGUAGUAACAAUCUACCAGAUCAUGCUCCCAUCUACGUGGCUGGACAUUCACUUGGAGGCACCUUCUUGCAAACAUGGGUAAAUAAGAACCCGACCCUAGUGGCUGGUAUGAUGCUCUGGGGGUCCUAUCUGACCGGGGCCACGGAAAACCUUGCUGCCUUCCCCACCCCCGUGAUGCACCUGAGUGGGGACCUGGACGGACAAGUCAGAAUCACCAGGAAUGCUAAAACUUUUAGGGAGCUUCAACAUAUUAUGUUGACGACUGGUCCCUCGGAGUUGAUUGCAACUAAACCCGUUGUGCUCGUAGAGGGCGUCAACCAUUUUCAGUUCUCGUCAGGAGAGAAGCCCCCUCUCGUCGAGAAAGAGGAUCUGCCAGCGGACGUCACAGCUGAUGAAGCUUACGAUCUUCUUGCCGAGCCCAUUGACUCAUUUAUGAAAUACAAUAUGGGUUUCGAAUCAAGCACGUCUUACGAAAACCUGAACUCACACUACGCAGCAACAGCAGCUAAAAUAGCGCCCCUUACGAUCGUGAAGGACCUAGAAUGGAACGGUGCCUCGUCUCAAUGGCUUAUAUCUGCCCAGGAAAUGGUUGCCGGUUUCGAAAACGGUCAAGCUCCGGUCGACAUCAUCAACGUCGGAUACGAAGACAAAACCGAGUUCGAUAAUUCGAAACCAUCUGUGCAGGCCGACUUGAUCCAAACCACAGCUAUGGUGACAUUCCCAAGGAACAUGGCCGACCUGUCUGGCAUCAAGGAAUCCGCCAACGAAAUAGCGGGUAAAAUGAAAAGCCAGGAUGCAAUAAAUGACGUCAUCCCAAUGGCGGUCUAUGCCCUACCGGCGGAUUGCAAGGAGAUUAAUCAGGCGGCAUUCGAAUAUGCCCUCAACAUUGCACCGGAUGUUGUGAGAAAUCGCUAUAACACACGCGGGUACGCAAUGGAGUUCGCGGCGGACACCCCGUUCUCAUCGCUCCAAGACUGGGAAACAUAUGGUGCACUUGAAUUUACUACCUUGCUCGAUGGUAAACUUGAGGUUAAGUCGGGAUCCUUCUCUACAAGCAACGAUGAUCCCACCGAUCCACUCGCUGGAGUGCAGUACUGCACGCUUAUGUCUCCCCACAGGGCGAUGGAGUGGAUAUACGUAGACUCACUCCGAUUAAUUCACUAGAUGUCGAACCCCUAAAUAUCACCGCUUCAAUUCAAUCCUGAUUGGUUGAUAAAAUUAAUCGUCGUAUAAAUCCUAGUCAUUUCAAAUUCCAGUUGCAAACAACAAGUAAUAGAUCAGUCUUAACUUAAAGAGUUACUCCAGGCUGGAAACAAUAUGAAUUAAAUGGAUAAAAGAUAAAGUCAGACAAAUCAAACACUGAAAAUUUCUUCAAAAUCGAACAG